CCUCUCACGCGCCGAGUGUCUCCCUUUGACGGCCAAUUUUCCGCCAUCUCUCUGAUUUGUGCGCGCGCGAAACGUUAGAUAAAAUCCUUAUAACCUAUCAUGGCGCACAUUGUGGGCAAGUACCAGUACGAGUCGAGCGAGAACACCGAGGAAUUCGUCAAGACCAUCGGCAAGUCCGAACUCACGGACUCGUUCAUACAGUCCAGCCCGAUCGUGGAGAUCCAGCAGAACGGAGAUCAAUGGGUGGUCUCGAUCACCAAUCAGAACAAGACCGUCUCCAGCACCUUCAAGCUCGGGGACGUCUACGACGAGCGAUUUCCAUCUCAGAGCGUCCCUUUUAAGAGCGUGACUACGAAAGAGGGCAACGGCUUCAAAACGGAGACCUCCUUAUCCCCAGAACUCAAAUUAACCAGAGUCUACGAAUUCACAGACACAGGAAUGGUCGCGCACGUAUCCACCAAUAGAAGCGAUGUUAAAGCCAAACGUAUAUAUAAAAGACUGUAAAACCACUUUCUAAUUUAAAUAGUAUGUAAUACUUAAUACAUCGGAUUGUUCUAUUAAAGAAAUCAAAGGAUAAUGAAAA